CCUAAACCGCGGGCGGGGAGGGGGGGGAGGGAGUGCAAAAGAAAAAAAAAGGCCAGCCAGUCUUCUUCCCACAUGCGAGGGGCGGGGAGAAGGGGGCUUUACCUGUCCCACUCCUACCUCUGCGGCUGGCUGAGGGAGAAGUAGAGGGGGGAAAGAAAAGCAGAAUUACCAGUAGCUCUGGUUCUGCCGUCCCGGGAGCUCGCUCGCUCUCACACGCGAGCGCACACACACACACACGCACACGCACACCUUUACCUGCACAGACUUGAAAGUCCAGUUUCACCAGAGAGACUGAGGCAUCUGGAAAAGGGGAGAGAGUUCAUUGGAUCAAACAUGUCACAAGAGACGGACAAUAAAAACCGGCUUGUGACUAUAGUGCCAAGCGAUGCUCCCUUUAAUACCAGAAGAGCUUACACAAGUGAAGAUGAAGCUUGGAAGUCUUAUCUGGAAAACCCCUUAACAGCAGCUACUAAAGCUAUGAUGAGCAUCAACGGAGACGAGGACAGUGCUGCUGCUCUGGGAUUAUUAUAUGACUAUUAUAAGGUUCCAAGAGAUAGAAGAUUAUUGCCUGUUAACAAAGUGAGUGAUAAUCAAGAAGACCAGGACAAAAGAAACUGCCUUUCCACUAGUGAAACACAAAGUAACUUGAGCAGCAAUGGUGAAAACAGAGUGCAGGUUUUGAAAACGGUGCCAGUAAAUCUUUCCGUGAACCAAGAGCAGCUGGACACUUCCAAAAGGGAGCAGUUCAGUUCAAAUGUAUCAGGAAGCCCAUCUUCCAUUUCUGUGACCGGGGUGAUGGUGGUAAAAGCAGAGGAAUACACCCCAGUUUACAUGACUCCUUCGGUGCAUUAUGCCAGGGGAGAAAAUGAAGAACAUCGGGGGGUCAUAUUCGAACAUCCGCAUUAUGAAGUGCCCAGCAUCACACCCCAUUCAACCUAUAUGAAAGACGAUCAACGCAGCACUCCGGACAGUACAUACAGUGAUACCUUUAAAGAUGGAGGAACAGAGAAAUUUCGCAGUAGUUCUGUGGGUCCUGAGGAAUAUAUUUAUGAACAAACAACUAAUAACACAUUUCGAUAUACUUUGGAAGCUACCAAAUCCCUCCGCCAAAAACAAGGAGAAGGACCAAUGACUUACUUAAACAAAGGGCAGUUUUACGCUGUAACACUGAGUGAAGCUGGGGACAACAAAUGCUUCAGAUAUCCAAUCAGCAAAGUCCGGAGUGUGAUCAUGGUUGUAUUCAGUGAAGAUAAAAACCGGGAUGAGCAAUUGAAGCACUGGAAAUAUUGGCAUUCACGACAGCACACAGCUAAACAGAGGGUCUUGGACAUUGCUGAUUAUAAGGAAAGCUUCAACACCAUUGGAAAUAUUGAAGAAAUUGCCUAUAAUGCUGUUUCAUUCACUUGGGAUGUUAAUGAAGAGGCAAAGAUUUUCAUCACUGUGAAUUGCCUAAGCACAGACUUCUCUUCUCAAAAAGGAGUCAAGGGUCUUCCUUUGAUGAUUCAGAUCGACACAUACAGUUACAAUAAUCGCAGCAAUAAGCCCAUUCAUCGGGCCUUCUGCCAAAUCAAAGUUUUUUGUGACAAGGGAGCCGAAAGGAAAAUCCGGGAUGAAGAAAGAAAACAAAACAGAAAGAAAUCGAAAGGCCAAGUUUCUCAGGCAACUUGCCCUAAUGCAGAAGGGAAGUUGACUCCUGUGCCACUCCAAAAGAAGAGUGAUAUCACCUAUUUUAAAACUAUGGCUGACCUGGAUUCCCAACCUGUUCUUUUCAUACCAGAUGUUCAUUUUGGCAAUCUCCAAAGAGCUGGGCAGGUUUAUUAUAACAACGAUGAUGAACGAGAAGGUGGCAGUAUUCUAGCUAAACGGAUAUUCCGCACAGUUGAAGAGGACUUUGUUCCACCACCGCUGAAACAAAUAAAAGAAGAAGGAACAAAAAAAGUUCUGCUGUAUGUGAGGAAAGAAGCGGAUGAAGUGUUUGAUGCUUUGAUGUUAAAAUCUCCCACAGUGAAAGGCCUUAUGGAUGCAAUUUCUGAGAAAUAUGGCCUUCCAGCUGAGAAGAUUACAAAGCUUUAUAAAAAAAGCAAAAAAGGCACAUCCUCCCCAGCUGUCUACAGUAAAGUGAAAACCACACCCUCGUCAACACUGGCAGGACAAGCUACUGUAUACAAACUGCACACUCAGUAGCAUUGAUGUUACCUGCUUGGGUAAUAAAACAUCUGCAAUUUAACAACCAGAGAGCAUCAAGGACUCCACAGUUCAACUCUGUGGUACAUAUAUUCUCUUCUGUUGGAACACCUAAAUGAGGCCACUAUUAUGAUUUCCGUUCAUUUAACUUACCAUAAUUUACCUAUAGUUCUCUAAACUACAAAUUCCUCUAUGGAAUCUUGCCUCACCUCCAGACAGUUUCCAAUGGUCUUACACAACUACAGCAUCAAUCCAUCAAGCUUGAUAUUGUCUAUUCACUGGCCAUGAGCUUCAAGCAAAAGUUUUUAUCAGUUCUACAUCCUACAGUGGUUUAACCCAAUCUCCUCAAAAUGGCCCUGGACAUGUUGGUUUACAAUUCCAGCCAUUCCAGCAACUAAGGUGAAGAUUGAGGUAUAUUAAAGUUGUAAUCCAACAGCAUCUGGAAUUUAUGCUUUCCUCUUCAAAGCACAGGAAUUAUAUCGUAAAAAUAUUUUUUUUAAAAUACAGUGAAAUAACAUAAGAAGUUGCAUAGGAGAAUUAAGUGGGAACUAACUGGAGAAUUAAUAUGAAUUUGAAUCCUUAACAGUUAGAAGAAUAUGCAUGUUGGACAAAAAAAAAUCAUGAAAUAUUUUAUGGGGCAACUUGGAGUUGGACUUCAAGUUGGAUAAUGAGUUUUCCUGUGAAUUUUGUCAAGGCCCUUGUACAAAUGGUUAACAUAAAAUAAAAUCCUCCUUGCACACAACAUUGAACUGUUGUGUAUUGAACUGUUUAAAUCUAUCCCUUAAUUGAUAGAUUUCCACAGCCACAAAGCUACUGUUUUAAAACCAUGAUUUAUUGAAAAAGCUAGAAUUGGCUGAGUUCAGAAUGGUCACAAUGGCCAAGCUCAUACAAUAAGCUAAAUCAAAAUGGCUAUGGAGACUCUCAGUCACCCAGAUCAUGGUUGUCUCAAAGGUGCUUUUUCCAUAGGCAACUGGACUUUGUUUUUUCUUGAAGAUCCAUUUGCCUUUUGAAAAAACACCUUUGGGACUAAAUCAAAAUGAAAGAACUUGUAUUAUGAGUUUGUAUAUUUAGCCAUUACCUGAACUUUCUUAAUGUAUCUCUUUCCUGUUUCAGGAUUCUGGUAAAUAUGGAUGAUAACAUCAUUGAACAUUAUUCCAAUGAAGAUACUUUCAUCCUAAACAUGGAGAACAUAAUGGAGGGUUUCAAGGUCACGUUGACAGAAAUCUAGUCUAGACCAGCAUAGACCUUGUGAAGUGAAAACUUUUUGCCAUCAAGGAAGGAAGAAAUAAUAAUAAAAACCCUGAUUUCAUUGAUACGGAGAAGAAAGGUUGUUACAAAACUAAGUUGGAAACAACCACAUUUCAUUUUUUUUGCCACUGGAAGCCAAUUUGACAAUUACUGAUGAGUCUGUUCAAAAUUCAAUUCAAGAAGAAAUUCAAAUUCAUUCAUAAAGUUCCUUAUUUAUUGCUCCUCACUCCGCAACAUGUAAAUACUCAGUGGAUCCUAGACUGCACAAUCUUGAUGUUGCAAAGGUAUAACAGAGACUUUAAAUGAAAGCAACAAAAAUAGGUAAUGCAAGAAAAAUAAGAAGUUGAAAAAUAAUGUUAGUUCCACUGGGAGUUAAUCACUAAAAUUUCACUCUAAAAUGAAUUGCUAGAAAACCUGAUAAGCGUUAACAAUGUGCAAAGUGCCUGGUGAUCUUAUACACCUACUGUAUACCAAACCUCCAGUGCUGAGUAUCAGGUAGCUUAGCCAUAUCCCUCCCUUUGCAGGUCAACUGAGGGCUUUUAAGAUUUUCAGAUGGCAUGUACUUUGUAAGUAAAACACCAUCCAUUUUAACCUCUGUAUAUAUUUGUUUAUAAUAUGUAAUAAUAUAUUUUCCUAUCUGUGUGGAUGUGUUUACUGCCACUCUAUUCUGUGUUUGGAUAAGAAGUUGGCAGAGUUCCUGGCCAAAGAGCAAAGUUCUCUCACCAGCUGUUGAUUCUUCAGGGGUUUUGAUACCUUUUGCUCAAAGCUUAUCCAGAAGCCACAUUAGAAAGUUAAAAUUCCUUGUUGUCACAACGAAGAUUAUUCUUUCCUUACUAUACCAGCUUCUCAGGUCUUUCAAUGAGAUGCUUUCUGUUAUUUUUAGACUAGAACUCCCGUUAAGUCAGACAUUUACAGAGUAGAACUGAAGGUCAUUUGAAGUGCACCAGGUUGGGAAGAGUCAGACUUAUUCCAUUAUGCUGCAGCCUUCCAGUUCCUGAAGUAUUUUCCUAUCUCUUUAUCUCUCUCUCUCUAUCGCUUUGGUUUUUUUAAAUCUUCUGUGGUAUGCAUUCUUGAUGAAUGGACAUUCAUUUCUGUAAUGCAUCAUGCAAGGAGUCAUAAAUGUGACAUUUCUAUAUCAUUCCCACCAAUGGCUGCUUCCAAUUUUCACCCAACCUUUUUAAAACAAAUGUUAUUCUUCCAUUCAAGUUACCUCUGAAAGUUCCUGGCCACGUGGAAUCAGUGUGAGUUUAGCAAGGUAUUUUAUGUUUUGUUUUCAUUCUAGGAAAAUUAUAUGGUUAUAAAACAAUAGAAGUAUAAAAUUGGGAGGAAAGUUUGGAAUUAUGUGGAGAAGUCCAAUCCCCUGAACACGCCAUAUGUUGGAGGAUAUAAAUACAGGUGGUCCCUGCUAAAUGACUAGUUGCUUAGUGACCCAUUCAAAGUUAUGAUUGACCUCAUUAGAGGUCCUGGUUCUAGAGUUCUGCUGGACACCCACACACCCACCCACACACCCACACACCUGCAUUUACAACCAUAUGCAAUGCCCUGUGGGCACAUGAAUACAAUUUUCAGUAUUUUUUGCCAGUUUCUGGCAUCUAUUUCGGGUUUCCAUCAAAAAACACACAUUGAGAAAAAUGGGUUCAUUUAACGACCACUACAAAAAAAAAUGUAUAAAAUUGGUAUAAUCCCAUGGUGAACCACUUAACAACUGCCACAACUCAUAGCUGUAAUUCUGGGCUUGAUUACAGUUGUAUGUUGAGGAUUACCUAUAAAAGAUGUAAAUACCGAGUAUAUAUGUCUAGCAGAGGAGAACCCAUCAUCUGCUGCAUCAGCCUGUUUCGUGUUCAAAGCAUCUCUUAAUGUUUAAUUGAUUCUCAUACUUCCUUCAGGAGUAACAGAGAAUAACAAUGCCUAAUAGCUUUCUAUAUAUUUGAAGAUGGCUACUUUAUUAUGUUUUUCGUAACUAAGAAUUGGACUUAGAUUUCUAAAUACAUUGCACAUGUCCAGAGGGUUUUUUUCUCUCUUUCUCUUCUUAAAGAAAUCAAGCAAUACCCAUGAUUAGGGCCAGAAAUGAAUUCAAUUGGCUUGCAUUUUAACCAAACUGAAAUUUAGCUACUGAUUAAAUACACUGUACUGACGUUAGUUCAUAGUAGAUGUGUAAAAUGCAUUUUUUCAUGAAAUUGUGUACAAAAAUUACAGAGAUUUGAUUUAGUGCAGGGGUGUCAAACUCGCAUUGUUACGGCGUUGUCACAUAACGUAUCAUGACUUUUUUCUCCUUAGCUAAACUGGGUGUGGCCAGCGAGUGAUGUAUCCAGCCCAUUGGGCGUGAAUUUGACCCCCCCCCCAUCUAGUGGUUAAGGAAGCAGGCUAGAAACCGGGAGACCAUGAAUUAUAUUUCCUCCUUAGCCAUGAAAGCUAGGUGGGUGGCUUGACCACUCAUUCUUUCUCAGCCCAACUCACCUCACAGGGUUGUUGUUGUGGAGAAAAUAGGAGGAGGAAGGUGGAUAUGUUUGUUGCCUUAUUUGUAAAAAUAAUAAAAGCAGGAUACAAAUAAACAAAUAAAUGAAAUAAAUUUCCAUUGUUAGGGGACAUAUUUGUAAAAUAUUCUGCAUAAUAGAUAAAAUUGCAAACAAAAGAGCACGGACAUAGAGAUCAGUCCCAGAAUAUAUAUCGUUAGUAGUUUCCUCCCCUCCCCCACAAAAAAAUCUUAAGUGCAACAAACCAAACCAUAUAUAUUUGCAAAAAUUAGGAUCUGAAAAGAAUUAACUUCAGUUUCAUAAGAAUUAGUGACCGAGAAAAAAAUAAAAUCAAUUUCCUCUUCUCUAGUUUUAUACAUGAGUCUUGGUAGUUGUUGGCAUUGUAGUUCACACUGAAAUGCAGUUUGUGAACUUCAUAUUUGUUGAGAACAUUUUACAUUAUGCAUGAAAGUGUUUGUUUUAUCCUUAAUGGACCUAAACAAAAACAAAAAUACAUAUAUUCUGCAUGGAUGGCAGAAUGAUUUUGGAAAGACUGCAGGUCAGAUCCCAUCACGUUUGCUAUCAUUUAUUUCCCUUUCCAACUCAAUCGGUUGCAAUUUUUUUGUCAAUAUAUCUCCAAAGACAGUUGUAUUG